AUGAUAUUUGGAGACCAUGGUCCUAACCCUUCUGAAGUUUAUGGGUUUGUAGGAGCCAUUUCAAUUGUUGUUGCCACAGUUAUUUUCAUGGUAUGGGCAUAUGUUCCUGAUCCUUGGUUACAUUCCAUUGGUAUCUUCUACUAUCCUAGCAAGUACUGGGCAUUGGCACUUCCUGAUUAUGCCAUGGUGAUCAUUGCAACAAUCUUCAUAUUCUACAUCGGCCUCAACUUUAUGGCAACUCCACCUCCAUCAUCAUUCAACUCAAUAAUCGAUGAAAACAACAGAGAACCUGUGUGUUUUGAUCCUGUGUUAGAGGAAGAUGAUCGACCCAUUGAGCCUUACUCUGAUAUUGGAAUUGAUCAGAUCAAUGAACUCAUGUUCAAAGACUGGAGAUAAUAGUUACCAAAAAGAUAAGAUGAUUGAUUGUUCUUAAAUGUAUGCAAUUAUAAUUAUUGAAUUUCUAAUGUAUUUGAAGGUUCCUUUCCUAUAUUAUGGAAAUGGUUAUUUUCAUCAUACAAGUGGAUUGAUUGCCCAUAUUUUUACAUGUUAUAUGAUUAUUUUAUGGAGAAUUUGAAUAUAAUUUUUUUCGGGACAUUGCAGGUGU